UCUGUCUCUUUCUCUCUCAAAACUAAAUAAAACAAAAAGAAGAAGAAACAGUAACCACAAAGCCAUCAGGAGCCCAUGAUGUCCUCUCUAGCCCUUGUUUUUGUUUUCUUCUCUUUGCAGACUGGCUUGCUCUCUACCAUGUGGCUCAGUCUAUUCCACUCUCCAGGGUAGGGAAUCCAGUUGGCCUGGCUUCAGGUCAGGGCCCUAACCAGGUCCAGUUAAACAUUGGGGGUCAGGGUUAUGCAUUAUAAAACAUGCCUCGGGAUCCUUCCAAAGAAAAGCAGGGUGGCUUGUGACCUGCUUGUACACCCAAAAGAUGGUCACUGUUAUUCCCCCCAUCCAUCUUCCCCUCCCGCUGUAUUCUUCAGCACUUGUGGAAUGUGAGGACCAUGAUCCAAGUAAUGAUGAUAGAAGUUUUGAUGUGGAGUCAGUAAAGAAGGAAAUCCAGAGAGGAAGGAGGUUGACAUGCGCGUUCUGUAAUAAAAGAGGAGCCACCGUGGGAUGUGAUGUAAAAGCCUGUCUCAAGAGUUACCACUUCUUUUGUGCCAAGAAUGCCCACGCGGUUCUACAGACCGAUCGAUCUCAAGGAAUUUAUAAAGUGUUUUGCCAACAACAUGCUGCACUGAAAGGCAUUCAUGGUGGAAGGUCUCUGUCUGGUAUCUCCCCGAUUCAUUACAAGCCGAAGACCAACCGAGGAUAUGGACUGAAAAGAAAAAGAGGAAGAAAGAAAGGCCUCUCAACAGGUGUUCCUGUACAGCCAUCUGAAACAAUGACACUCACUAGAUUCAUAAAAGAAAUGAAGGAGGUGGAUGGCAGACACACAGAUGCAAUUGGAUCAAAUCUAAAAAUUGAUUUUCUUAAGAAAUGUAAGAAAGUGGGGCUUCUUGAUGAUUUAUUUGAAGAAAUAUUAGACAAACUUCAUUUGAUUCAGGAAAGACUCAUGGAUGAGGCUGCUUCCGAAUCAGACUAUGAAGAAAUUGGGACUUCACUUUUUGACUGCAGACUGUUCGAAGACACAUUCAUAAAUUUUCAAGCAGCAAUAGAGAAUAGAAUUGAUCAAUGUGAAGAAAGGCAACAGCACCUGAAGGAUGAGAUGGAAGGACUUCAGGACUUAAAGACCACCCUGCGAUCUCUUCAAGAAGAUGGAGAGCUUAGGUCAAGUUCUACUUCAGUAUCUAGCGGGUCUUCUAAGGAUUACUAUUUCCUAGGCCAGGAAUGAGGCUCAGCUGCAAGCAGGCUGCACACCGAAGACCUGACCUGUGGAAGCCACACAUCUUGAGAACUGGGCCUCUCAUGUCUCUCUGGUCCUCAACUUCAAUCCUCAUCAACUCUUACCUGUUCCUAGUGACUGGGUAUUUACUGCCUCCCUCUUAUCAUCUCGCGUGUGCUCUCCAAAAAAGUAUUUCCCAGAUUCUGGUUGAGUAAAUUGGAUUAUAUCUCCCAUCUCUCCCACCCUCUGCCCUAAAAAUUCUAUGGUCCCUUCAUGCUGGUGCUUUGCCACCCGUGCUUCCCCCACUCCAGUGAUCUAAGUUGACUGCAGUAACAUACAAGAUGCUCCUCGAAGUAAAGGCUCCCCAGGGCCUUUGCACAUCCUGCUGUGAAGGCUUAACUGCUCCGUUCCCUUUCUCUGCCUGCAGGUCUCAUUACACCAGUUCUACCACUUACUCCAUCUGAGGGUACUUUUCCUUCCUAUCACUUCCCAAUGUAACCAUUGUAUCUGACAUCCCCCCCGUUAGGGUAUACAUUUUCUGAGGGCAAAAACUCACUAUUCCUGUGUUUUGCUCCCAACACAUUCCCAGCACCUACAUUGCAAUAAAUGUUGAAUAAAUGCCUAAACUGUUACCCCUUUGA